CCAUUAUCUCCCCCAACUUCCCCCCCCUAUCUCUGAUUCGACCGGUGACCGCCCUCCCAGCCAUGCCCCGCGUAUCGACCACCCCCUCCGCCCGGGCUGCCGCGCGGUUCACGCCGUUCCCCGCCCCGUCGCCCGCCUCCAGCGACGAUACCCUCGCCUCCUCGAGUGGGCUCGUGCGGCGCCGGAUCUCCGUGCCAGAUACCCGCCACGAGGGGCGGAGUACGCGGUCUCCUCGUGCGAGAACAGUUUCUCACAGGGAUAGCGAGGAGCCGGAGCCGGAGCCGGAGCCUGCUCCUGAUGAGGAUGAUGAUCGGGACGAGGAAGAGAACGAGGAGGAGGAAGAAGAGCCCCCCGCUCCUCCGACGAUCACGCAUCUCUUCAUCAAUAACACGCGCGUGAUGUCCAGGUCCCAGAAUUGGACCAACGUCAUAGAUCCGGUCUGCCAGCGGCUGCUUUGUCGCGUCCCGGGGAGUACCCUCCAGGAAGUGCAGAGGGCCGUUGACGCCGCGGAGGAAGCCCAGCCCGCGUGGGUGGCUCUGGGGUUCAAGACCCGACGGGAACAUCUGUUGCGGUUGGUCGAUGUGCUGAGACAGAUGUCUCCGGAGAUUGUAACAUGCCUGUCGCGGGAGGUGGGAAAGACGCUGGCCGAUGCAGACGCGGAGGUGUUUCGCGGGCUGGACUGCAUCCAUGCCGCGUGUUCGAUCGGGCCGGAGAUGGCGGGCAUGUUCCUCGGAGGUGACGCCACGUUGCUGCAGACCUUUUAUGAGCCGGUGGGAGUGUGUGUGUCCAUCUCCCCUUUCAGCUUCCCCUUCAUGAUCCCCCUGUGGUCGCUCCCGUAUGCCCUCAUCACCGGCAACACCGUCAUUCUCAAACCGUCCGAAAAGACCCCGACCACGUCAUCCCUCCUGGCGGAGGCGUUCCUCAAGGCCGGGUUCCCCCCGGGCGUCUUCAAUGUUCUCCACGGCGGCCCGUCCACCGUCCAGAUGCUUGUGAGCCAGCCAUCCGUCCAAGCAGUCAGCUUUGUCGGCUCCGAGUCCGCAGCCAGGCAGGUCCACGAUCUGGCACGGGCGGCGGGGAAGAGAGUCCAGGCCGAAUGCGGCGGCAAGAACCACGGGGUGGUCCUGGAGGACGCCAACAUGAUGUCCACGCUGUUUGCCAUCGCAGGGAGUGCCUUCGGGGCGGCGGGACAGCGGUGUAUGGCUCUCUCGGUCGCGGUGUUUGUCGGACAGACGCGAGACUGGAUCCCCCAGCUGGUCGGGCUGGCGCAGUCGAUGGUGGUCGGGUGCGGAGGGGACCAGGAGUCGAAGAUCGGGCCGCUGAUCGACGAGACGGCGAAGAACCGCGUCAGUGGCAUCAUCCGGCGCGCGGUGGCCGAGAGGGCCACGGUGUUGCUGGACGGUCGCGACAUCCAGGUGCCUGGCUAUCCGGAUGGGAACUUCCUGGGCCCGACGAUCCUGUCCGGCGUCGAGACGUACAUGGAGUGCUACCAGGCUGAGAUCUUCGGGCCUGUGCUCAUCUGCAUGGAGGUUGAUACGCUGGAGGAGGCCAUCGAGCUCAUCAAUCAGAAUAAGUAUGGCAACGGAUGCUCCAUCUUCACCACUAGCGGGAAGCAUGCCAAUACUUUCCAGCGCUGUGUCAAUGUUGGGCAGAUCGGAGUGAAUAUCCCCCUGAUCGCCCCCUACGGCACCGCCGUCCGCACCAGUAACAAGGACUCGUUCCUGGGGGACCGCAAUACCCCAGGCAAGACAUACUGGCCGUUCUUCACGACAACGAAGACGGUGUCCUCCCGAUGGGACCAAUGAUCACAAGGAGAGGGUCGACACUAUGCACCAUGAUUAGGGCUACAUAAGCAGGAUCUACGAUACCAUUGGCCAUCUAAAAUGG